GAAUACACUACUUUAUACAAACAUUACACUACAAGUCUUGUAUCUUGUAUAUAUAUAGAGCCACCAGAAAUAUUUUAAAUCACGUACUUGUAUCUAAGAAAACUAAGCCAAGUAUAUUUAUAAAUAAAUAAAUGCUUGACAAUCUUAUCGCAGAGUACGGGCACGGAUACGGCAAUGGCUACGGCCACAAGGAUCACAGAAGCAGAGGCUACGGCUUUGAGGAGCACAAGGAGUACAAGUCUCAUAUGGAGUCAGAAGGAGGCUACUUUGACCGUCAAGCCCGCUACGACCACCGCGUGAGGCUUCCGGCCAACCACGGCCGUCCACCCAUGGCUCACAUGCCUCUCUUUGAUGAAGACGACUCAGAUGUAGAGGAAUUCUAUAAGAGCAGCCGAAGCCACCACACUACUGUGUUACCGCACCACGGCAAAAACCACCACCAGCAGCCACCUCAUAUGAACUUCAUGCCCCCACCUCCGAUGUCUCAACCUCACCAUAGUGUAAGUGGAAAGAUGGGUAAUGGAUGGCAGGGGAAGCAUGAAGAUGCAUACCAUGGCGGGCACGGGAUGCAGCACCACGGUGAGUAUGGGAUGCAGCAGCACGGGAUGCAGCACCACGGUGAGUACGGGAUGAAGCAGCACGGGAUGCAGCACCACGGUGAGUACGGGAUGAAGCACCAGGACAGGCUUAUGGCUCCUCAGAUGUCACCACAUCAUGUCUACAUGAACCCAAACCAUGGCACUGGCAGUGGCCAUGCUGUAGUGGUCAAUGCUUCGGAAAACUGGCCAGUCAGCAACAGCGGUGGCGGCCAUUACAAGGCGGGGUGGGGGAGUAAGGGACUCUAGCUGCAACCAACUACUCUGCCAGUUCAAAAUAAAAGUAAUGAUUAUGUAUACUGAAUAAUAAUAUUAUAACUAAGACGUGUGUGAUGAACAUGUUUCAGUAUCGUACUAAGACCAAACAUGGGACUUUUAACAAAAAAAACAGAAAGUAUGCGUUCUCGUUUGAUGAACUUAUGAUUACUAAAGAGUGUUGUUGUUGCUGCUUAUGUUGAAUAAAAAUGAUGCAAGUAUUAUCAAUUGA